AUGCCUCUCCGCAAGCACAUCGCUCGCCUCGGUGGAUCUCGCUCAAAGUCCGACGACGACAAGCCCUACCUCAGCUACUACGAUGCCAACCUGACCUUCGGUGACGUCAAGUCGCUCAAAAAUGACUGGCUCCCCGACAGUGUCAUCACCUUCUGGCAAGAGUACCUUGAGCGCGAGACCCUUCCCCGAUAUCCCCAGGCCCGCAUCUGCCUCCUCCGCCCCAGCAUGACCUUUUGGCUCAUGCAUGCCGAUCCGCGCGAGACAAACGGUGGCCUGCCCAACCUCACAAAGGUCACUCACCUUUUCCUCCCCAUCAACGACAACCGCAACGUCUCCGACGCCGAGGGCGGCUCCCACUGGUCCCUGCUGCUCGUUUCCGUCCACGACGGCAUCGCCUUCCACUACGACUCCCUCGGCAAUGCCAACUUCGAUGAGGGCAGACUCGCCACCCGCAAGCUCUCAGAACACCUCCGCCGCCCCCUGCGCUUUAUCAACCUUGACGAUAGCCCGCAGCAGGAGAAUGGCAGCGACUGCGGCGUCUUCGUUUGCCUCCUCAUGCGUCACUUGCUCGUCAAGCGCCUGCUGGGCGCCACCGCCCGGGAAAAGGUCUCCAUGAGCAUGGGCGGCAAGAUGGUAGACAGCCACGGUGGCCGGAAGGAAAUGCUCCGAAUCAUUGAGAAUCUGCACAAGGAGGCGGAACGGCGCCAAUCCUGCUACGCGGAGACGGUCACCGAUUCAGACGACUCCCGUCAUUCCGGCGGCUCACUUUACUCCACCAUAGCCUUUGCAGGUUCUGUCAAGGAGCUGCACCUUGUUACCACUCCGCUCUCCGCCACACUCAAUUCAGAGGCGUCCCUCGCAUCGCACGAUUGCGUCAACGGCGGCCGCCGACCUAACAACUCAAAGGAGUCUCUUGCGUCGCACGAUUCUGUCAAGCGCGGCCGCCGACUCAACAGAUCAAAGGAGUCUCUUGCGUCGCACGAUUCCUUCAACCGCGGUCGCCAACCUAAUAACUCAAAGGAGUCUCUUGCAUCGUACGAUUCCGUCAGCCGCAGCCGCCAACUCAACAACUCGAAGGAGUCUCUCGUAUCCCACAAUUUCGACACCUCACACAUCUCCAAGGCGAGCAGCGCAAAUGCCUCUAGCUCCGGCGUCUCGGGAUCAAAUGUCCCAAUUCCCCCUAGUUCUCCUACACAUACUAGGCGCCACAGCCCCGACUCGAAUAGCUCGAGGGGACGAUGCCUUAAUUAUAAGAGACGCAGUCCCCGGAAGCAUUGCCGCGCUCUCAGAUCUGGACACGGCUCUUAUGCCUCCAGCGAUACCUCCAGCAAUGCCUCCAGCAAGUAUUCCAGCCGAGGCCGCCCUCAACAUCGCCGCUUUAUACUCCCGUGCGAGGGUGGCCCUGCAACACUCUGCGUCUCAAACACACCCUGCAUCCGUCACAGCAGACGCAGCCCCUGCGAGCAGCGCUGCCCAAACCUGCGCAGGGAAAGCUCUGAGACACCCGGCAUCGUUGAUGACCGAAGAAACCAAGAAGGUUGCCUCCGACAGCCAUCCAAGCACGGCCCCCAACAGCCACCCAAGCACGGCUCUGGACGUAGGGUGUCUUCCAAAGGCGGUGUCAACGACAAACCUCGCUCAGAAGCGCACUAUUCCCAACGCGAAUCGGCUCUUCGAAAGGAAGCGGGAGAGCGAUACUCCUCUCGGCGUGGAGCAUCGUACCGGGAUAAGUGCAAGUCUCAAGAUGGAGAAUCACGUCCAGAUGAGAGCAGCUCCCAUCCCCCCCACCGCAAGAAAAGAUCACCGUCCCGCCGCGCACCCGAGCCGAGCCAGGAACUCGUACAGAGACCAAAAUCUCACUCUCGUAAUCUCACGCCACGGUCCCCAAUGCCAACGCAGCUGAGGUACCCGAUUAAUGGAGGCCGGUCUUCGCGGCUUCCACGCCCACCCUCUGGCUAUGAAUACGUCGAGAAUCCCAGGGUGUUUGUGCGAAUGAUCAACGGUGCGGAGCCGCACGUACUGCAUAUGCCCAGCCAGCUCUCGAGCUACAGCAGCAGCCGCGGGUACGGGUACGAGCAGAGUUCCGAAGUGUUCGUGCGGCAGUUGGACGCGGAGCCGAAUGUGCUUCACAUGCCGCGCCCGCCGCUGCGGCCCUACGGCCGGCAAUCGUACACACGCGGAUAUCUGUACAACACUCCCUACUACUACUCCUAG